AUGAAUCUUGAUCUUUUCGAUGAGGUUGAUGAGCAAAGAAGGGCAGCCAAAUUAAACAGGGCAUUCAGAAAAAGGAAGAACAUUGUUAUCAUAUUGGAUGAUGUCUACGGUCGCCUUAGCUUGGAGAAGUUGGGUGACCCUCUUGGUGUGGAAGGCUGUAGACUGAUUCUAACUACUUGCUCUUAUGAAGUCUGCCUAAAGAUGGGUUGUAAAAAACUACUUGAAGUGAAGAAACUCAAUACUGAUGAUGCUUGGGAGUUGUUCACGAAGAGUCUAGGAUGUGAGACUGUGCUUAGUCCAAAUAUUGAGAAAAUUGCCAAAAAAAUGGCAAUAAAGUGCGAGGGCUUGCCACUUGGGCUCAUCACUUUGGCGGGAAGAAUGAGAGGGGUGACUGACAUAAGGGAGUGGAAUAACGCCUUGACAAAGUUAUGA